AUGAAUAAAUAUGCCCCCCCAUGGAGGGCGAUCACAAUUUUUUUAAUAUUAUUCAAUAUAAUUUUGGCUAAAUCAACAAAAUCAACUUCUCCUUUAGGUUUCCCAAAAGUAUUGAAUGACAAAAAUUUUGCCAAAGAAAUUAGUCAAGGUUUACACGUAAUAGAUUUCUUUAGUCCCUAUUGUUCUCAUUGUAAAACUUUACAACCAAUUUGGGAAGAAGCUUGGAAAACAUUCCAAGUAGAGGGGAAAGGUUUAAAAAUCCAUUUCAAUCAAGUCAAUUGUAUUGAAAGCGCAGAUCUUUGUUUUGAUGAAAAAAUCUCUUAUUUCCCCAGUAUUAGAUUAUAUGGUCCUUCGGGUUACAUCAAGAAUUUCCCCUUCAACUCUAAGAGAACUGUACGUAAUCUUAUUGAUUUUGCUAAAGAGGAAGUUAGCGUACAAUCAAAUUGGGAUACAUUAGAUAAUGUUAAUAAUAUUGAAAUUUUAAAUACCACUCAAUUAAAAGAAAUCAUUAAUUCUACCUCUACAGAUGAACCCUAUUUAAUUUCAUUUUGGCCUCCCUUGGAUCCAGAUUCUACUGAAGAAUUCGAAGCUUUUGAAGAUUGUGAUGAUUGUGUACCAUUUCAACGUACUUGGAAAUUAAUAGCUCAAGAAUUUAUUUCAUCAAAUAUUAAUAUUAGCAUUGGAUAUUUUGAUUGUGGUCAAGAUCAUGAUAUUUGUAAACAAUUAGGGUUUACUUCAUUAGUGAAAAAUACUUUUAUUAGAAAAGAACAUCAACCAAAAGUAAUCAUGGUUUUACCAAAUAAUAAACAAAUUAUUAAUUUCAAUGAAGAUUUUACAUUAGAUCCAACUCCAUAUAAAGAAUUUGCCAAGAGAAUUUAUCAAAAUUAUCAACUCCCCUUUAUUUCUGUAGAUGAUGUAGACUUAAUUAAAGCUAAAGAAUUGGAUUUCCCUCAAUCAUCCUUAAAACCAUUCCCCAUUCAAAAGCAUCAUUUGAUUUAUAUACAUGAUUCAAAUUCACCCAAUGAUGUCUCUUUACAAAUAAUUGAUCAAUUACAAGAAUUAUCCAAUAUUCCAAAUAUAUACAUUUACAAGAUUUCUCUUCAAGAUUCCAAUUUAGCUAUGACUAGAAAUAAUCAAAAUAAUUUAUUUUCCUCUUUAGAAUUCCAAAUAUCAGCAGAUAUUUAUAAUUCGCUUGUAUCUUCAAGUACUAAUUCACCUAAAUUUAUGUUUCUCAAUGAUGGUGAUUUCUUACCAAAAUUACUUUUCCCUAAUAAUAAUAAUAAUAAUAAUAAUAAUAAUAAUAUUCCUGAUCGUGAAGAAUUACUUUCAUUUAUAGAAAGAAAUGUCAUGCAGUCAUUUAUUCCAUUGACUGGAAAUAAAUUCGAUGCUUUUAUAGAUCUUAAUGAUAAUUAUCCAAAUACUUUUACAAUUCAAUUGAUCAAUACAACAGAUGUAAGGACAUUAAUGCGUAGCAAUAGAGCUAUUCAAAAAUUUCAAACCAUUAAAUUUGAUUUCCAAAGAACUAACAUUCUAACUAAAAAUGAACAAUAUUUGAAAAAAUCUAAAAACAUAAAUUCCCCAUUAUCUUCACAAAGUUAUUUAGAAGAAUUUUUUAAUGAACAUUUUUUAACCACAUAUAUCGAUUUAGCAUUACAACCUAAAUUAUUACAAAGAUUGGGGAUUUAUUUAAAUAAAAAACCAAAAAUUGGAGAUGUGAUAAUUAUUAAUAGAAAAACCAAAAAUUAUUAUACCGCUGAUAUAAAUAAUAAUGCAUUUAAUCCUUAUAAUCCUACACAGUUAUUAGAUGGUCUUAAAGAUGUUGUUUUACAAUUACCUACUUCUUCUUUAAAAGGAAACUCCUUAAAUUCACCAUUAGUGAAUAUCAUUCCUAGAUUUAGUAUUCUCUUUUAUUUAAUGAUAUUCUGUUUGAUUAUAUUAUUAUGGAAAUUUAAAAAAUUUAUAAAUUUACAAACAAAAAGAAACAUUUCAAAAGAAAAGAUUCAUUAG